UUACACCUCAGCACCGAAACCAGCUGGAAACUCAGGUGCCCCGCAGUCAGCCAGAGCCAGUGAACUCAUGCCAGCACUGCACGCGGACUACUGCGGGGACCGUUCACUUUACAGGAUUUUAACUGACUAAAGAAAGAGUGAAAACAACAUUAAGUCAUGAGAACGAAGGUGCUUAUGAUAUUAUGUUUAUAGUGCACAUCUUUACCGGUGUGUGUUCGUGAGUCGUCUGUCGCUUCCCCUUUUCCGUCCAGCAGUUUGACUCCGACAUUCAGCAGGAGUCAAUAGGAUUUUUUGUCACACAGUAAACUAUUUCACUGGACACUGAAAGGAGGGAAUAUCAGUCAUUCAUUGUUCAUGUGAGUGAGUCCUACUCAUCCUAAGGCUGAUGUCCUUCAAGAGCAGCGUCUGAAACAUGGAUGACCCUUUAAAGGUUGACUGAUUCCAGCUGACACCUUCAUAACUAUGCUGCGAGUCUUGCAAGGCCUGAUGGCCACAGUAGCCACCAACAACCCACCCAAAUCCUCAAUCUAAUUCAGGGAAUGAUCAAACCAUCCUUUCUACGACACACAUCAAGAGACCUCUUACAUACAGGACACCAGAUAUCCCAAAUCCAAUGGCAUGGGCCAAGUUCUUCAGGAGACCAGGAGGCAAUCUUGGCAGGUCUUACCAGCCAGGAUCUAUGCUAUCCUUGGCCCCCACCAAGGGACUACUAAAUGAGCCGGGACAGAACAGCUGCUUCCUCAACAGUGCAGUGCAGGUUCUUUGGCAUCUCGACAUCUUCAGACGAAGUCUGCGUCAGAUUCCAAACCACUAUUGCUUGGGCGACUCCUGCAUCUUUUGUGCUUUGAAGGGAAUAUUCUGUCAGUUCCAGCACAGCCGAGAGCGAGCGUUACCCUCAGAUAACCUACGUAAUGCCCUCGCCGAAACCUUUAAGGAUGAGCAGCGCUUUCAGCUAGGAUUCAUGGAUGAUGCUGCUGAGUGCUUCGAGAACAUUCUAGAGAGGAUUCACCUGCACAUCGCUCCCGAUGCAGAGAUCGACGCCUGCACAUCGAAGUCCUGUAUCACUCACCAGAAGUUUGCCAUGACACUUUAUGAACAGUGUGUGUGUAGGAGCUGUGGGGCGUCGUCCGACCCGCUACCCUUCACUGAGCUGGUGCACUAUGUGUCCACCACAGCCCUCUGCCAGCAAGUCUUGGAGAGGAGAGAUGAGAGGUUUGGGGAGUUGCUUCAAGCCGCCAGCACAGUUGGAGAUCUGCGUAACUGUCCGAGUAACUGUGGGCAGAAAAUCAAGAUCCGGCGCGUGCUGAUGAACUCUCCAGAAAUCGUGACCAUCGGAUUUGUGUGGGACUCAGAACAGUCAGACCUCACUGAAGACGUCAUCCGAUCUCUCGGACCACACCUCAACCUCUCAGGGCUCUUUUAUCGCGUCACAGACGAGCGUGCAAAGAAGAGCGAGCUGCUAUUGGUGGGGAUGAUCUGUUACUCCAGCAGACAUUACUGUGCCUUUGCCUACCACACCAAAUCAUCCAAAUGGGUUUUCUUUGAUGACGCCAAUGUCAAAGAGGUGGGAUCUAGAUGGAAGGAUGUGGUCACUAAAUGCAUCAAAGGUCACUUCCAGCCCUUGCUCUUGUUUUACUCUAACCCUGAUGGCAGCGCUGUGGUAACAGACGAGGCCCAGCGGUCCAACAGCAGUAGCACCCAAAAUAAGAGCUCAGUCAAUGGAGAAGCACCAGGUACUCCUAUACUGGGUGGAAGGAAGUUGGAGUUGACACGAGAGAACUUGACUGCUUUCUUCUCAAAUCAAGGGACUCCGAAGCAGAAGUCUCAGCCUCCGUCUGUGUUCAGUCGUGGCAGUAACCAGACCAGCGCCGGCAGAGGGCCAGGAAAGAUGAACUUUGAUCCGAUUCAGAGUCGAUUCAGGGAGCUGCCAAAAGAAGGCCGUCCCAUCAACCUUAUCAAGAAGGACUCGGAUCGGUCGCAGACGAGACCAGAAACACUGAGGCACCGCGACUCCCCAGACAAGCCUCAUUCCCGCUCGCUGUCACCUCCGGAGAACGGCUUCAAGCUCCUGGAGUCGCGGCUCUACAGCAGCCAGGGCAGGGGUCCGAUGAAAGCCGAUCACUGGCCUGUUACUAACACACGCUACAACCAUGAGCCCCGCUCUCAGUCCCAGCCUCGCGUCCCGCUUCAUCCCCCCGUAGAGAGUCGCUCUCGGAGGCUGGAUGUGGCCAACGGCUACGACACGGACAGCAGCCAGGACUCCCGGACGCACGGAAACCCUCGCAGCCGGCCCAAUCGAGCGUGGAGGCCGACGCGAGAGGCGCUUAACGUGGACAGCAUCCUAAAGAGCGAUAAUAAUCAAAACUCUCCCAGACAGACCUUUAGUCAGGACGCCGAAGAGUCGGCGCGGGGCCGAAGAGAAGAACGCAAACCCAAGAGCUUAAUGACCAUUUACGAGGACGAGCAGCGGCAGGACAUGGGCAGCAGGAGCUCGCUGGAUUCAGAGGACAGGGUUAAACCAAGCGUCUCUAACCUCACCAUUCAGACGGAAAACUGGAAGAUCCAGCGCACUGAAUCUGGAUACGAGAGCAGUGAUCGUCUCAGCAACAGCUCGGCAAACCUGGACUCUCCUGUGGUGGAGAACAUGAGCAACAAAGACAUGCAGUCCACACCAGAGACAGACCUCUCCAGGGAGCCUAACUACCACAGGAGGUGUAAGGAUUCAAAGGCCGAGAUCCCGCCUUCGUCCAUUAUCUACAGUGAACAGCAAAAGAAAGCAAACGAUCGUUCCUUGAGUCCUGUUAUUCCAAGAAGACAAGCUUUUCAACACAACCCUGCUAAGGAGAGGACGGAGAAGACUGAGGCGUUAAACGGGAACCCCGUCUCUCCUCAUUUCACCAAGACCAGCAGUUCAGAGUGGAACAGCUCGGACGAUCUGGAGGAUUCGUCAUCACCUCAGGUUCCCUUCAGGACUCUGUCUCACACCGCAGCUCCUCCAGUGCCUCCCAAACCACACGCUCUGAGCUCAGACACCCGGCGUCCAAACGGCUCGGCUCUGUCCCAGACCGUCCUGCAGAAGUGGCUGGAGAACUCAGACACGAGCUCCAAGUCUGGCUCCUCGGAUCCGGAGAGGAACGAUCUGUCCACGAGUGAAGGUGAGGACUUCCCCAAACCUGCGGCCGGCUCUCCUGUCCUCCCCAGCACAUACUUCUCCGUGGACGGCUGCAUGACGGACACGUACCGUGCCAAGUACCAUAAAAAGAGACCCGCUCUGCACGUGACGGCAGACUCUGGAGCCGGAGAUCACACCUCGUCUGGUGAAAGUGAUUACGGGGAAAGACCGUCACCGGCUCCUUCAGAAACACACAGCAGAGCUCCAGCGCUGACAGUUCAUUCCUCCAGUAAUAAAGCCACUGCUAGAUGGAACGCAGUUUCAGAGAAAGCACUGGAUGAACACGGCUUCGUCUGACAGCGGACCUCGUCCCAAACACCCGACGCUCGGAGGCUUUCACUAACGCUGUGUUGUGUUGUGUGUGGCUCUAGCAGACAUUACAUUCGCACAUGUUCAAGCCAAAAGAGAACAAUAUUACGUACUGUCACUUUAAAUGAAUAUGUUCCAAAACACUCUGUAGGAUUAAGGAUGUUUGAUGUACGACUAACAAAACUAACAAAUCUGAAAGAGUAAGAUUGACUUGUUAGUUGGGUUUCUGUUCACUGCUUGGAGAUUUUCUUCAUGUUUUGAUGGUUUCUGGAGGGAGGAUCUGCUAAAAGAUCUGAUUGUAUUUUCAGAAGGUGAAGCUGCUUAAUGUGCUCGAAAAGCUUAAUGUUUGGUGGCCGCCUUUGUUGUUUUAGGCGUAUAAUAUACAUCUCGUUUUAUUAUUUAGUCCCUGAUUUAUAAUUAAAAAGGGCCACUUUACAUGUUUUAAAACCUUUGAUCAUGUUGAGCUCGGUUUUUCAACCAAUGUGCACAGAAAUGAUGGAGAGACACUGGAGAUUGUUUGGUCAUUUGUCUGUUAAUUAAAAGAGGAAUUUGACUUCUUUUGGGCACAUCUAAAUAUGCUUGUUUUCUUUUCAUAUUCAGAACAAUGUUUUUAUUUGUAUGAUAAUGUUUUAUGUUGCUUGACAGAAUACCGAACAGUGCCUUAUUUUGUAUGUAAAGAUGGGAUAAAGGUGUUUUUAUUCGUCAAAUGUUAACUUUUUCAAUGCUUUUAUAACACUGUAGCUCAUUUUGGUUAAAAACAUUUAAUAAACUGAUUUUUUUAAGCAUAA